GUUUUGUGAGUGUUAGACGUAGACGUAAUAUUAUUUGGACUUUUAUUUUUUUUUAAAAGCCCAUUAUUGCACUGACACAUUGCGCUCUAUUUAUGACGUCAUCACAGUCGAAGUUCAAUAUGGCGUCGUUGGUGUUUUGGCAAGGUGACUGACAAUUGUUUGGAGAAAAUGACAAAAGAAGAAGAAAGUGAAGGCAGUGACAGUGACCCUGGCCUCCACCUGGCCCUGAAGAAACUCAAGGUGGACCCAAACUGGGAUGAGUCCAAAGUGCUGGAGGGCACUGUCUCCUUCAAGCUGCGAGACUUAUGGGCAGGGGAGACCGAGAGCAGAGCUGACCAUGAAGUGUCCCCCAAGCGCAUGAAGCAUCAGAGGUUGAGUCCAGAGAAGACGCGAGUUGACCCCUACCCUGUGGACUGUGUCACAUCACUGCAGAAACUUUGUCUCAGCAAGGAAAAAUGUACAAAGAAAUUCUGCACUUGUGUGAUCAAUAAGAACAGUCCUUCAACUUCUGGCUCACCACGACACAAGCAAAAUCUAGCCCAUGUCGCUGUUCAACAGAGGAAGCUUAUUCGUGAGGCACGUUUUAAGCUGCACAACGCACAGAAAGAUAAGCGUCAAGUGAUCCGCGCGGCCCGGCUCCAGCUGAGCCAGAAGACUGUUGUCUCAUCACCAACAUGUGAAAACAGCCCUAAGAAAAUACCUCCCAAAUGCAUUAGAGUUUCUUGUGCUUCAUCAAAGGUGUUCGGAUCAAAUGCAUCUCAAGGUCUUGCUAACUUUUCUAGUCUUUCAGCUAACCCUGCAAGUAAACCUGGGGAUGCCACGAGUUCCCGAUUCGAGUUCAACGGAUAUCGAGAGCUGCAGAUGUCCUCAACACCUGGUCUGGAAUUCCCACCUGCCACCAAGCGUUGUGUAGAUUCUGUGGCCAGUGCUGUGUCAGACACCAGGGCCUCCCGUCCCCCCCCGCAGCCCGACCGGGACACGGCGACCAGGGACACCACGGGCGAGGUACCUGCUGCCAAGAGUUGCUCCCAGGAAGCACUGCUCGAUGAUUUGAGCGUCAACGAACUUGCCGGAUACUUCGAAGAUUUUGUACACAUCCCAAAGAAAAUGUCUACCAUGGCUGAAAUGAUGUACACGUGACUUACUCCAACUCAUUGUUGAGAUUACGUUAUGAAGUCAACGUGCAUGUAUACAUAUUCUAUUUGAUUUAACACUAAUAAGGGAACUAAAUGAAAUCAUAUUAUAUAGGCAACUUGGUACUUCAAAUCAAUGCUAAAAUCAUAAAACUUACAAGAUCAGCUAAAGAUGAAGUAAAUUUGAAUGAUUAAUUUAGAUGCUAUUUGGAUGAAGUAAGCUUGAUACAUUUCCAAAACAUAUGCAACACGUGUUUUGGUUGUAUAUAUUUCAUUAUGUAAAAUGGCUUUUCAAAUGUAUGUAUGUCAUCUCUUUGAUUUCAUUAUAAGAAGUAAGAGUAACUUGAAUAUGUUAAAAAUCUAUUACAAUUUUCUCUCAGGAACACUUUGUACAAUUUAAUUUCAAUGAUGUUAAACAUGCAGGAAUCCCAACCUUGUUGACAAUGUGUGCUGUUGUAGCAUAGGAGGUUCCAUUAUGCACAUGUAUGAUAUAUUCAAAGGGCAUUGUUACGCUGUGGUUCUGUUUCAGUUUGCAGUAUUUAUUAAUAUUUAUCCUCUUUUCAUUUCCAGUAAUCUUGCAACUCUGUAUUACUGUAGACAUGUAGUGUGCCCUGCUAUAUAUGGGGACUUCUGUAACAGGGUCACCAGGUGCUGGAGAAUCACGCUCAAGAGUCACUCACUCACUCACUCACUCACUCACACACACUCUCACACACACUAUUGUGCUGAUACAUCCCUGUUGGGAGUAUUGCCUAUGACACAUCCCAUAAGUCAUCAGAUCUUGCAGUGAUACAUGAAUUACUUAGGAUUUUUCCAACUCUCUGCUUUUGAAGCAAUAACCUUGAUAACUGUACUUUUGAUAUAUACACUGUACAUGUAUUCCACCCAUUGUUUGGAAUUAUGAAUUUUAUUCAAACUUUUGUCAUCACGUCAAAUAUUGUUUUAGUAGUGUCUUCACUGACAUAUGCUGCCUUUGAUGUGCUUGUCAUAAUACAUCAAGCAGAUCGACAGGCAAUCAAUCAGUUUGCAUCUCGAUCAGUAGAAUGUGAGUGUAAGUUAUGGCCCAUCCUUUGUGAUGGCGGCACAGCAUGUUCUUCUUCUCAACAUAGUCCUGGAAAUCUCCCGAUGUGGACGUCACGUACGUUCAAUAAGGUAAAGUUUCAGGAUCAUAGAUAAUCCUGUCAAUUUAACUUGCUUCGAAAACAUCACCAGCAUGAAAGAGCAGGAAAGACUGUCCUUUCCUCAAUGUAAUUUAGUACUGCAGUCAUUAUGAGUGUCGGUUGUGUCACUGCUGACCGGUGCGCUGACCGGCACCCACGUCCAGCACUUGUCUUUCCUCCCUGCAACAUCUGUAAGAAGCUCAAGCACACGUAGUUGUAGUUGUGUUGAUAAUUAGGAUCCAACUUGUUUCAUUUCAAAUUUGUCUCAUUCGGUAUGCUGGUUCAGUUUAUUAAAUGCUUUUCAGUUUUGUAACUUCAGUUCAAUUAUCAAUAUAUUUAUAUUGUAAAUAGUUCAUAAAUAUUCAGUUAUUAUUUGUUUCCUUUUUGUGUGAAUUAAACAGUUUAUAUGACAUUA